AUGAGGGCCAGAGCCCGCGGCUCAGAAACGAGACCAGCAAUGCAGCAGCAACAACUAGCAGCCCAAUUGGCCCAACACGGCAGUGGUGGAAGACAGCCUCCUUUAAGUCCAACUCCUUCAGAUAGUGACUCAGACAUAUCUUUAGGGGCCCACUCACCUCCUAUUAGCUCUCCAGGUCCGAUACAAUUUGGAAGAACCUCACCGAACCCGAUAACCUCCUUCAGAUUUGGAGCUCAUUCCCCAGGUCCUAUGCCCGCCCAGUUUCGCUUUGGAGGAGCGCAUACUCCCCCCACGUUUUCUCCAAAUUUCAGAAUCGAAAGGUCUAAAGAUAGAAAUUCAGCGUCUCCUAUUAAUGUAGACAAUAAUUCCAGUUUUACAGCAGUCAAUUUGAGGUUAAGUUCCAACGAGAGUCCCAUCGAUGUCGACAGUACGGACAAGGAUGCUAGGAAGCUGGACUCUCCCCCACAGACUACAAUUCAGCACUCGCCGCCCAUGAAUCUACGAAUUGCGGAUAAUUUGAGGAUGCAGCACAACGAGGGUAAAAUAGAAACCCCUUUGCCGCUGCGGUUAGGCCAUCAGCUAAACCCAGCGCAAAUCGGUACACCCUUGAGAAUCCAAGUGACCUCUCCCGGUAGACUGGGUGCCCCUUCGCCUCAUACCAAUCUUCAUGGAGCGUAUUCGCAUGGUGGAAUUGUCAGAAUCGCUCCACCGAGUCCUAACAAUAACGGUCAUAUUUUGCAUCGGCCGUUUUCGCCACCAAGGUUAACGUGA